UCGGCCGAGCUCUGUCUUGUCUUUCCUUUUCUAGUAUCAGCUUGUCUCGCUUCCUCUCGACUCCUCACUCCCGGCAGCUGCAGGCGGCGGGAGGAGCCUGGCGUUUGGAGCGUGAGCGGCGCCGGAGUGAGGGGUGCGGAGGAGGAGCAGGAGCCGUGUGCCCUGGCACUGAACGGCCGCGGCCAUGGCGUACGCCUAUCUCUUCAAGUACAUCAUCAUCGGAGAUACGGGCGUUGGUAAAUCGUGCUUAUUGCUACAGUUUACAGACAAGAGGUUUCAGCCAGUCCAUGACCUUACUAUUGGUGUAGAGUUUGGUGCUCGAAUGAUAACUAUUGAUGGAAAACAGAUAAAACUUCAGAUAUGGGAUACAGCUGGGCAAGAGUCCUUUCGCUCCAUCACAAGGUCGUAUUACAGAGGUGCAGCCGGUGCUCUACUAGUAUAUGAUAUCACAAGGAGAGAUACAUUCAACCACUUGACAACCUGGUUAGAAGAUGCCCGUCAGCAUUCCAAUUCCAACAUGGUCAUUAUGCUUAUUGGAAAUAAAAGUGAUUUAGAAUCUAGAAGAGAAGUGAAAAAAGAAGAAGGUGAAGCUUUCGCAAGAGAGCACGGACUUAUCUUCAUGGAAACUUCUGCUAAGACUGCUUCCAACGUAGAAGAGGCAUUUAUUAAUACAGCAAAAGAAAUUUAUGAAAAAAUUCAAGAAGGAGUCUUUGACAUUAAUAAUGAGGCAAAUGGCAUUAAAAUUGGGCCUCAGCAUGCUGCUACUAAUGCCACACAUGCAGGCAGUCAAGGAGGACAGCAGGCAGGGGGAGGUUGCUGCUGAGUUGGUUUUUACUGUUAAGUGCCCACACGCGGCCUCCUCACUUGUUCUUUCACCCUCUUUCCUCCUGCUCAGCUGAGACAUGGAGCUAUUCAAAGUGGCUUUACGUCACAGAAGACUUUAAUCCUUCAAAUUCUUGUAUAACUUUGAAUAAAUGGUUAAUGUUCACU